AUGGCCAAAGGCGAAGGAGCAGAGGGAUUCACGGCGAGGGACUAUGAAGAUCCGGCGCCUACUCCGUUUUUCGACGCGGAGGAGCUAACAAAAUGGUCUUUAUACAGAGCCGUUAUCGCCGAGUUCGUAGCCACUCUCCUCUUCUUAUACGUAACCGUUUUGACUGUCAUCGGCUACAAGAUUCAGUCCGACAAAACCGCCGGUGGAGUUGACUGCGGCGGUGUCGGAAUCCUCGGCAUCGCUUGGGCUUUCGGCGGCAUGAUCUUCAUACUCGUCUACUGCACCGCCGGUAUCUCAGGUGGUCACAUAAACCCGGCGGUGACGUUCGGCUUAUUCUUGGCCCGGAAGGUAUCGUUGAUUAGAGCGGUGCUAUAUAUGGUGGCUCAGUGUUUGGGUGCGAUUUGUGGAGUUGGGUUCGUGAAGGCCUUUCAAAGCUCUUACUACGUUCGUUACGGUGGAGGAGCCAACUCUCUCGCCGACGGCUACAACACAGGUACCGGACUCGCCGCGGAGAUCAUCGGAACAUUCGUCCUCGUCUACACUGUCUUCUCCGCCACUGACCCCAAACGCAACGCUCGUGACUCCCACGUUCCCGUUUUGGCGCCACUUCCGAUUGGAUUUGCGGUGUUUAUGGUACACUUGGCUACUAUUCCGAUCACCGGAACCGGCAUUAACCCGGCCAGAAGUUUUGGAGCUGCCGUUAUCUUCAACAAGUCCAAGCCGUGGGAUGACCACUGGAUAUUCUGGGUCGGACCAUUCAUUGGAGCUGCGAUUGCUGCAUUUUAUCACCAAUUCGUCCUAAGGGCCUCUGGUUCCAAGUCUCUCGGUUCCUUCAGAAGUGCGGCCAACGUUUGA